AUGAUGCCUCUGGGUGAGGAUGGGCCGAGCUGGAAGAAGAGAGCCCAGGACAUCCGGGAGAUCUACGAGUUCCGGGAGACCCUGGGCACGGGAGCCUUCUCUGAGGUGGUGCUCGCCGAGGAGAAGACGAGUCGGAAGCUGGUGGCCAUUAAGUGCAUUGCCAAGAAGGCCCUGGAGGGGAAGGAGACCAGCCUGGAGAACGAGAUCGCCGUCCUGCACAAGAUCAAGCACCCCAACAUUGUGGCUUUGGAUGACAUUUACGAGAGUGGGGGUCACCUCUACCUCAUCAUGCAGCUCGUCUCAGGCGGGGAGCUCUUUGAUCGGAUUGUGGAGAAGGGGUUCUACACGGAGCGGGACGCCAGCCAGCUGAUCCGGCAGAUCCUGGACGCCGUGCGGUACCUGCACGACAUGGGCAUUGUGCACCGGGACCUGAAGCCCGAGAACCUGCUCUAUUACAGCCCGGACCCGGACUCCAAGAUCAUGAUCAGCGACUUCGGCCUGUCGAAGAUCGAGGGCUCUGGCAGCGUCAUGUCCACAGCCUGCGGGACCCCUGGCUACGUGGCCCCGGAGGUGCUGGCGCAGAAGCCCUACAGCAAGGCUGUGGAUUGCUGGUCCAUUGGUGUCAUCGCCUACAUCCUGCUGUGUGGUUACCCCCCCUUCUACGACGAGAACGAUGCAAAGCUCUUUGAGCAGAUCUUGCGGGCCGAGUACGAAUUCGACUCGCCCUACUGGGACGAUAUCUCCGAGUCAGCCAAAGAUUUCAUCCAGCACUUAAUGGAGAAGGAUUCCAGCAAGCGCUUCACAUGUGAGCAGGCCCUGCAACACCCCUGGAUCGCCGGAGACACUGCGCUGGACAAGAACAUCCACCAGUCUGUCAGUGAACAGAUCAAAAAGAACUUCGCCAAGAGCAAGUGGAAACAAGCGUUCAAUGCCACCGCCGUGGUGAGACACAUGAGGAAGCUGCAGCUUGGAACCAGCCAGGAAGGACCCGGGCAAACCACUCCAACCAGCCCCUGCGACCUGCUGGAGGCUGGCGCCAGCAAUGGGUCAGACUCCAGGGGCUGCGACAGGUCGCUGGGGCCCAGCUCGCACCGCCCCCCCCAGGACUGA